UAACACAUUUGAGCCUUGAUCCUCAAAAUAUUCCAAAAGAAAGCAAGUGGACAAUAGCAGUAUUCCUUUCCCAAUAUUAAAAUAUUGAAUCUGUUUUCCACUGAAAUUAUUGAGUGCUUAUUUUUCUUGAUUUAAUUUUGUAUUUAUUGAUACAAAUAUGGAUACUGAAUCAGUAAUUGAAUUCUUGGGUAACGUGCCAUUGUUGCAGAGGCUACCCAGUUCUUCUCUCCAAAAAAUUGCCCAACUCGUCAAGGUUAAACAUUAUGAUCGUGGAGAUUAUGUUAUACGCGAAGGAGAAACUGGGGAUGGAAUUUACUUCAUAUGGGAUGGAGAGGCUGAAGUCUGUGGUUUCAAUCAAGUUGAUGAUGAAAAUCGUCUUGAAUUCCAGCUGAAACAAUUUGAUUAUUUUGGUCAUGGUUUGGCAACAACUAUACAGCCUGCUGAGGUCAUCGCAUUGUCUAAGCUGACCUGCUUAGUGCUGCCUCAUGAGCAUAAUAAUCUGCUCCAACCCAAAUCAAUUUGGAACGCAGACAAAGAAAGAGAUACGUGCCCACUUGUGGAGCACAUAUUGCACUUGGAGCCUAUUGAGGUGAACAUUUUCCAAGGUAUAACAUUGCCAGAUGCCCCUAAAUUUGGGAAAGUGUUUGGAGGUCAGUUUCUUGGCCAGGCAUUGGCUGCAGCAUCAAAAACUGUCGAUUCUCUCAAAAUUGUUCAUAGUGUGCAUGCCUAUUUCCUUCUUGUUGGGGAUUUUGACAUUCCAAUCAUAUAUCAAGUUUACCGUGUACGUGAUGGAAAGAGCUUUGCUACACGGAGGGUGGAUGCAAUUCAGAAAGGGAAUGUCGUAUUCACAUUGAUAGCUUCAUUUCAGAAAUAUGAAGAUGGAUUUGAUCACCAGGAUGCAAAAAUGCCUAAUGUGCCUGAUCCAGAAACACUUUUAUCAAUGGAAGAUCUGAGAGAAAUGCGCAAGACUGAUCCCCGGCUUCCCAGGACAUACCGAAAUAAGGUUGCUACUGCAAAUUUUGUACCCUGGCCAAUAGAAAUAAGGUUUUGUGAACCUAAUAAUGCCACUAAUCAGACCAAGUCUCCUCCAAGUUUGAAAUAUUGGUUCAGAGCAAAAGGAAAACUUUCAGAUGACCAGGCUUUACAUAGAUGUGUUGCAGCAUAUACAUCAGAUCUGAUCUUUCUUACUGUCAGUCUGAAUCCUCAUCGAAAGAAGGAUCUCAGCGUAACUUCUGUUAGUCUGGAUCAUUCGAUGUGGUUCCACAGACCUUUGAGAGCUGAUGAUUGGAUAUUGUUUGUGAUACACAGUCCUGCUGCUCAUAAUGCUCGUGGCUUUGUGUGGGGCCAAAUGUUUAAUAGGAAGGGAGAGCUCGUAGUGUCAUUGACUCAAGAGGGCUUAUUGAGGCCAGGCAGAAGAGUGUUCCUACCAAAGCUAUAAUCCACGCCAGGUCGAAUGAAAAAAGAGGACUAGUUGCUGUAGGUUCAUUAAUAGUAAACUGCAGAACAACUCAAACAAGUCCUGUAGGGGCAGCCGAUGAGAAUAAAGAUAGCUGCUUAACUUGUGGACGAGUUCAGAUAUGACUAUCUAGGUUUUACUAUUAUACAGUAACUACCACGCCAUUGUCUCUGUACGUCUCACCUCACCGUUAUAUAGUAUCAACCCCGCCAAAAGAGGCAUUGAAAUUGUUACAUUGAUCUACCUACGAUUGUUAAAAGUUGUUGUUUGUUAACAAGUUUCAUCUUCUGCGUUCGCUAUUAGAAUAAACACUGUUGCAAACAAGGCUUUGAUUUCAAAAUGCCAUUGGUUAAAUUUCUUUA